CUGCACUCCAGACUCGAGUACAAGAGCAACUUUUGCCUCAUUCGACUUUUCCUGCUCUGGCUAUAAUUAUCCAGUAAGUUUCCUUUUUUUAUUAUUGACUUUUAAAACGAAUAUUUCACUCUUUUUUUAGGCUCUUUUUAUCAUGAAACACUUUUUGCGGGUUUUUUUCAUUUCUGCGAUGGUUCUUUGCAUCCAUUCUCAAAAUUUCACCAAAGAAAUAUCAUUUGAAAAUUGUCAAAAAAAUGAAUGGUGGAUAAAAAACAUUUCCCCUUCAUUGCCGAUCGAUAACAAAAUAAACUUUGAAGCUGAAAUAGGAAUAGGUGAAAACACAGGGAACUCAAGUCACGUGGUGAAAUACUCGUUGACAAACUGCACCGACUUGUGGUGUAAAGCCUUCGAAAAUUUGACAAUUGAAGGCGUUGAUUGCGCAACUAACGGCACGGAGCCUGAAAAAAAGCCCUGUGCAAUUUCAAAGAUUUUGGUGAACUGGACGCAAAACGGAACGAAUUUGCAGACUAUGAGCGUUAAGAAAUUGAAAAAUGGGUGCGUGAAAAAUGUGCAGACCCUCGGGGGUGAAAAAAAAAAACCCCUCGCUCCUGGCUCAGUGCUGCAGCCAUUCAUUAAAAGCAUUCCGAUGAACCCCGCGUUGACUAAGUAGCUGAUUUGACGCCGGGAAGUUCCUUUAGGGUUCUCUAUUCUUCCGGAAAUAAUGUAUAUUAUCGUGUAUUAUGUAUAGCAUGUAUUGCGGAGGAUGAUAAUAAUAAUAAAAAUGAUAAAAAAUGUGAAUAAGUAA